CUGCAAGUACAGACAGCGAUGAAUUCCGGGCCAGCCAAUGGCCUGAGUCAUGCGGGCGGGCUGCGGGAAUCAGCACGAGGGGCUUGGUGGCAGUCGGGGUGGGUGGGGCCCUGAGAGCUCAGCUCAGCCUUAACUAUAGUGCCCUGGGCCUGCCCUGCUUAGGAGAGGGGCUACAGACUCGCAAAGAGAUUGAGACUCCCCUCGGGCCAGGCUCUGCUCAGCCCCCAACCAUGGUGCCAUCCUUAUGCCGAAGAGCUGAAUAGACACAGGGCGUGAGGGGAAACUGAGGCACGGUUUGCCCAUGGUCAGAGGCAGAGCUUGGGAACAGGGCCCAGAUCUCAGGGCCAUGCUCAUCCCAGGAGGGGGAGAGCACCCCCUGCUGUGCUGUCUGUGAACAGUCACCCCAAGGCCAAGGGGAUGCCCUGUCCCCCCUACCUCUCCCAAUGAGGGCUGGUGAACUGGCUGCCACCCAAUAGCCCUGAGUUCGGGGACCCGCCCCCCAUGCUCCCUGUUCUGUCCAACCUCCCCCCCCCAUGUUGUAGCUGAUGGGUUCUAAGUGGUUGCUAAGCAAUCUAUGGAAUGUGGCGUUGGCAACGGUAACUGGGGGGUGGAGACUGGCGGGGGGGGGGAUAUGUCCCAUCGGCCACCCCCCGCCAACAGAAGGAUGGAUGCCAUGAGCACGGCGGAGGAGAACGCCCGGCUCCGGGAGCUCAUUGUGGAGGAGCUGGCGCGGGCCGAGCGCUGGCAGGGGCACUACGAGGCGUUGCUGGAGCGCCAGACCUGGCUCCGCGCCCAGCUGCGGCCCCAGAGCCUGAACGCACUGGAGCAGGCAGCCCGGGCCCUGCGGGAGCAGCUGGAGGAGGCUCAGGGUGCCAUGCGGGAGCAGCAAGAACAGAGCCGCCAGCGCCAGCACCGCAUCCACCGGCGGGAAAAAGAAAACCAGCGACUGGCUGGGCCCAUCCAAGAGCUGGAGGGAAAGGUCUCAGAGCAGAGGGAGUCGGAGAAGACCCACAAGCAGGCCCUGCAGCAGCUGCUGGUGCAGGGGGAUGAGCUGCAGAGGCAGCUGUGGGACAUGGAGACCAAACACCAGGCCAGGGCCAACAGGAUCAAGGAGACGCAGCAACACGUGGAGGAGCUGAGCCGGACCAUCCAGGAGCUGUCCCGAAGGACCCAGGUCCUGCAUGGGAAUAUCAGCUGCUGGGCUGAGCAGGUGACGGAGGCUCAGCAGGAGGCAGAGCUGUUCCAGAGCGAGGUGCUACAUGGCCCCCCAAGGACCCAGCCCGGCAGCCUGCUGUGGGAGGAGAGAGUGUGGGAUCAGACGGAGAAGCUGCUGCGUCAGGAGGCGGGGGUGUCAGGGCCAAGGGGCCGACUCCCCCCCAGGUGAGGAAGCCCAGAAACCAGA